AUGACUCAUCUGUGUUCUUCAUGUAAACAGAUCAUUGUAAAUAAUUCUUUGAGAAAAAGUUGUGGUUCAUGUCAACAAAUAUUUUGUUCGAAAUGUUUAUAUCAACGUAUUGCUGUACCGAAAUUAAAUUAUCAAAUGCAAGAAGUUUGUACACCAUGUUAUCAUUCCAUUGGUACACAAAUGAUGUUACAAAAACCACCAAAAGGUUUUACGCAAAGAUUAGAACAACAACAACCACAACAACAGCAAGUGAGAAUGCCGGUCAAUCAAAUUGAUCCUGAAACAAAAGCACUUGAAGAACGUCUUCAAAAAUUACGUAUGGAUUUCCCAUCAUCAUCAUCAACAACAGCUGCUGCUGCUGGUGGUGUUGCUAAUACUCCGGAUGAUCUUCUUCGACAAAUGAACGAUGAAUUAUCGAUUCAAAACAAUGAUCAAAAUGCUCUUGCAGAUCGUCUACGUAUUUUACAUGAAACAAUGCCUGCUGCAACUCCAGAUACUGUUAUUCUACCGAAACCAAAAGAAGAAGUUGCCGAUGAUGAUGAAGAUGAAGAAUUUCCAUGGUGUACAGUAUGUAAUGAUAAUGCAACAAAACGGUGUCUUGAUUGUGAUGAAUUAUUUUGUGAAUCAUGUGUUAAAAAAAUUCAUCGUCAAUCAUCGUAUAAAAAUCAUCAAUUAGAAUCAUAUAAACCAUCAGCAAAAGCAAAGAAAAAAUACAAUUAUUAA